GAGUAACAAAUUAAGCUCUGCUGGUACAGAAGUAUGUGAAAACUAUAAGUUUAGUUAUCCUUCUAAAGGAGUUCAAAGCACUUAUGUUAAUCAUUCAGUGGCCAUCUUGCCUCAAACAUCAUUUUCUGAUUGCUCAGUCUGUCAGUAGCAAAUCUUCUAAUCAUGAGCUCAAAGACGUUUGGGACUUUUGUGCAAAAGGCAGAAUUCAGUCAGAUUCAGAGAUAUAAAAUACAAGGAAUGUGGUACAAAGAUAUCUUUAAUUUAUUACAAGGUUAUAUGCUUUUUUUGGGUACUCCUCCUUUUAUUAGCCUUAAUCUUAAUCCAACUGUUAUGCUAUUUAUUAAUUUGUAUAAUUGAGAAAUAG